AUGGAUCAAUUCCCCCCCAGCAAAUCCCUCACAACCAGCAUCCUCUUCAUCCUAAGCACCACCUUUCUCCUCUACACCCUCAUCCAAAAAAUCCUGCUCUCCGCCCAACAAAGAAAGUUCGCCAAGCAAAACCACUGUCUCCCGCCCGCCUCCUACCCCCACAAAGAUCCCUUCUACGGACUCGACCUCUUCGUCUCCAAUGUUCUCGCGGCGCGAGAAGGGAAAUUCAUCGAAACGACCCAGAAACGUUUUCAGUCCCUCGGUGUAAACACGUAUUCCUCUGUGUUUCUCGGCACGCACACUAUCAAUACCAUUGAUGCGGAAAAUAUCAAAACGGUAUUGGCUACCGGGUUUAAGGAUUUCGAGCUAUCGCCGCGGAGGAAAACGGCUAUGAUGCCGAUCUUUGGAAAGGGGAUUUUCAUCUUGGAUGGGACGGAAUGGGAACACUCUCGCGCGAUGCUACGGCCGAAUUUUGUGAGGAGUCAGGUUGCUGAUUUGGACGUUUUCGAGAGACAUAUUCAGAAAUUGAUCAAGAGGAUUCCGGAGAAUGGUAACACGGUGGAUUUGUCAAAAUUGUUUUUCAUGUUGACGAUCGAUUCCGCUACGGAAUUCCUUUUCGGUGAAAGUACCGAGACAUUGGAUGAAACAAAGUUUGAUUCGCCUGGGCAUAGAUACUCGGAAGCUUAUGAUUAUCUUGGUGAACAAACCGGCAAACAAGUUCGUCUGGGCAAACUAGCUACUCUUUUCCCCAACAAAAGACACCAAGAUUCUAUAAAAUAUGUCCACUCCUACGUCCGCACUUACGUAGACAAAGCCCUCGCUCUUCAGGUCUCCGCCCCUCCUCAAAAAUCCGAAUCCACAGAUCAAGACCGUUACAUCUUUCUUGAGCAACUCGCCAAAUCCGGCUACAGCGCAUCCAAAAUUCAAGCAGAGUUGCUCAACAUUCUACUCGCCGGACGUGAUACUACAGCAAGUUUACUUACCAUUCUCUUCAUGAUACUUUCACGUGAACAGAAUGUCCUUGAGAAAUUGAGAAAAGAGGUUAUGGGUCUAGAAGGGAGGGCUCCAACUUUUGAGGAGAUGAAGGAUAUGAAGUACUUGAAAUGGUGUAUUAAUGAGACAAUGCGACUCUACCCUAUCGUCCCAACUUCAAGUCGUGUCGCAAUACGAGACACGGUACUUCCCCGAGGUGGCGGACCUGAUGAAAGAUCUCCAACCAUGGUCAAGAAGGGGACUUUGGUACAAUACAGUUCCUACGGAUUGCAUCGAAGAAAGGAUAUCUACGGUGAAGAUGCCGACGAGUUCAAACCUGAGAGGUGGGAGAAAUUUAGACCGGGCUGGGAAUAUAUCGCAUUUAGUGGAGGACCGCGUAUUUGUAUUGGACAGCAAUUCGCACUGACGGAAGCAUCAUAUACCACGAUCCGUAUUCUACAAACCUUCUCGAGAAUGGAAGCGAGAGACCAAAACCCCUUCACGGAAUGGUUGACACUGACUAUGUCGAACAAGUGGGGAUGUAAAGUUGGCUUAUUUAAGUAG